AUGAUGGCGGGGUGGAGCUCCAUGAUCAGGGCCUGCGUGAGGAACGAGCAGUUCUCGGAGUCACUUACUCUCUUCCGCUGGAUGCUGCGGGCCGGUCGCGGCGGCGACGGCCACGCCAUCGCCGCCGCCGCCAAGGCCUGCGGGCGGCGCCGCCACCUCCUCGGCGGCUGUGGGCUCCACGGCCACGCCGUCGCGGUGGGCCUUGAAGGGAACGUCUUCGUGAAGACUUCACUCCUCGACAUGUACUCUCGGUGCUCCACUCUGCAGCUCGCCCGCCGCCUUUUCGACGAAAUGCCGCUCAGAAAUCUGGCCACUUGGAACGCCAUGAUCUUGGCCUGCGCCAGGAACGCUGAGGUCAACGCCGCCUUCGACUUACUGGGGCAGAUGAGGGUCAACGGGCUAGACCCUAAUCUGAGCACCUUCCUGGGUCUCGUCUCCGGCGGUAUUCUCCCCCACCAGUGCAGCCGCUCCCUCCAUUGCUAUGGUUUGAAGCUCGGGAUGACCUCGGAGUUGACCUUCGCGAACUCGCUGAUCGCGAUCUACUCCAGGGGCGGCUGGGUCAACGCGGCGGGUUUCCUGUUCGAGUCCAUGGGGGAACGGUCCGCCGCCUCGUGGACCGCCCUCGCCGGCGGGUUCGUCAACGCCGGCGACCACGCCGGAGCUCUGGAGAUCUUCAACCGGAUGCGCCGCUCCGGUCUUGCCCUCGACGAGGUGGCCGUCGUGGGCCUCGUCUCCGCCGCCGCCGCGUCCGCCGACCGACGGCGGGUCAGCGCCGCCCACGGGCUCGCCGUCAAAUCCGGCUUCUGCGGCGGCGGCGGGAUAUCCGCCGCCAACUCGCUGGUGAGCUGCUACUGCAAGUGCGGCGACCUACCGGCGGCGGAGCGGGUCUUCUUAUCCAUCCCGGAGAAGGAGAAGGACGUCUUUUCCUGGACCGCCAUGAUCGCUGGCUACGCAGAGAACGGCGGCGCCGCCGAUGCGCUGACCCUUUCCGAGGAGAUGGUGGCGGCGGGGGUCAACCCAGCGGAGGCGACGGUGCUGGCCCUCCUCGCCGCCAGCGCCGAGCUCGGGUCGCCGGCGGCCGGCCGGAGAGUGGCGGAGCUUGCCGGCGCCGCGGGGCUCGCCGGCGGCCGGAAGGUCCGCACCGCUCUAAUCCAUAUGUACUCCAAAUGCGGCGACAUCCACAGAGCUCGGGAGGUCUUCUCCCAGAUCUCCCGAAAGGACCUCGCCCUGUGGAGCUGCAUGGUCAACGGGUACGCCGUGAACGGGAUGGGCAUGGCGGCGAUCGAGCUCUUCGAGGAGAUGACGGCGGAGGGCGUUGACCCCGAUGGCGCGGUCUUCACCAGCCUCCUCUCGGCUUGCCGCCACGCGGGGAUGGUGGAGAAAGGGUUGACUUUGUUCCACAGAAUGACGGCGGAGUUUCAGAUCGAGCCUGCCGGCGAGCACUACGUGUGCUUGGCGGACCUGCUGGUAAGGGGGGGGCACCGGGGGGCGGCGCUGAGGGUGGCGGCGAUGGCACCGCCGGGGGAGUUCAGGGCGGCGGCGAUGAGCGCCGCCGGGGGCGGUGGAGCGGCGGCGCAGGAGGAGAGCUGCGGGGAGAAGCUGGUUGUGUUCAAGAGGCUGGCUGAGAUGGGGAGGUGGGAGGAGGCGGCGCACGUGAGGAGGGUGAUGGAGGAGAGGGGGCUCGUGAAGAAGCCUGGUUGGAGUAGGGUUGAGGAUGAGGACGAAGCAGGGCUUGUUGGCUCUGAAAGCCUCUCUGAUCAUAUGCAUUGA